GUGGUGGCGCUGCGGGCGCGCCUCCGGCUGGCGGAGGAGCGCGAGGCGGCAGGCGUGCGGGCGCUGGCCGACCGGGCCAGCUGCGAGGCGCGCCUGGGCGCCGAAGUCCGCGAGCUGCUGCCGCUCCGCGGCGAGGUUGCGGCGCUGCAAGAGCAGGCCGCGGACGCGGUGUCGAGGGGCGCCGAGCUGCAUGCCGCGCUCCUCGAGGCCACGCGCGGCGCCUCCGCCGCGGACGCCCGCCGCAGGCAGAGGCUGCAGCAGCUCACGGAGGAGCUGCAGGCCCACCACUUCUCCGAACAGCGCGCCAUUGAGGAGAUGGAGGCGCGCGGCCGCGAG